AUGGAGAUGCCACAAUGUCCAAAAAUUUACAGAAAUUUAUUGGCAAUUUUCUUCAUUUUUUUGUUUUCCUACAAUCCAGUGGAGAGUAAAGGGAAAACACCACAUGUGGUAUCAAGACAUACGUUUCCCCAAGAUUUUUUGUUCGGUGUUGGAACAUCUGCUUUACAGGUGGAAGGGUCGGCUCGUGAAGGAGGGAGAGGACUAAGUGUUUGGGAUGACAUAUUUAUGCAUGAUACAGAUAUUGAGAAGUGUGAUAAAAUGAUCGACCAUUAUAACCGUUACUCUGAGGACGUGAAAUUGUUAAAGAAACUUGGUAUAGACUCUUAUAGGUUUUCUAUUGCAUGGAGUAGAAUAUUGCCUGAUGGAACCUUGGAAGGAGGUGUAAAUCAGCAAGGUGUAGACUUCUACAACAAUUUAAUCAAUGAAUUAAUUUCUAAUGAUAUCACACCUUUCGUGACAAUUUUGCAUUUUGACUAUCCACUAAACCUUUUUAGAAAUGGAGGCUUCUUGAAUCCUGAUAUUGUGAAACAUUUUAAGGAUUAUAGUGAUGUUUUAUUCCAAAACUUUGGAGAUCGAGUUAAGUAUUGGACUACAUUCAACGAGCCAGAAAUUACCGCGAUAUUUAAUUAUAUGCACGGAUUUGAUAAUCCUAUGGCUGAAAAAUGUGAAAUUACAAAAGAGUGCAGAGAAGUAUAUAAUUUGAUGCAUAACUUCAUCCUUUCCCACGCUGCAUCAGUGCAAAUAUAUAGAGAGAAAUAUCAGGCAAUACAAAAAGGAGAAAUUGGAAUUGUUAUGUCAAUUGAGGAUUAUAUUCCCUUCAGUAGAAAACCAGAGGAUGUAGCUGCUACUGUAAGGCUUAGGGAUUUCUAUACAGGAUGGGUAUUGGAGCCAGUGAUGAAGGGUGAUUAUCCUCAAAGCAUGAAAAGUCUAGUUGGAGAUAGGCUUCCCAAAUUCACUGAAGAGGAAAAAAAAUUACUAAAAGGAAGCAUUGAUUUUUAUGGAAUAAAUUAUUAUAGAUCUUUUUAUGGUAAAGAUCAACCAAACAAAUUGCUUAUUAGUAAUUUGGACAAUUAUGAUUCGUUAGCAGUAAAAGACAUAUUCAACGAUGAGGGAAUGAUACUAGGUGUCACGGAUAAUGCUACUAUGAGCUUUGUAAAUCCACAAGGAUUGUAUAACGUGUUAGUAUACUUGAAGGAAACUUACAAUAAUCUUAAGAUCUACAUUACUGAAAAUGGUAUAGGUUCAGGAACCAUUUCCAAGCCAUUGAAAGACAACCACCGGGUUGAUUAUAUUGCCUCACAUAUAAAUUAUGUAAAACAAGCAAUUGAUGUGGGAGUGAAUGUUAAAGGAUUCUUUGUGUGGUCUGCAUUUGAUACCUUUGAAUUUCACCAAGGCUUUUCUGACAAAUGGGGACUCAUAUAUGUUGAUUUUAAUAAUAAUCUCAAACGUGUGCCAAAGCAAUCAGCUAGAUGGUACAGAUGGUUUCUCACAGGCGAUAAGAAUUUUGUAUAG